AUGAAGAAGCAAAACAAUCAAUCAAUUUUUUUCGUGCCUUGGGCGGUCGCCGCUGUGGCGCUUGGCGUGGCUGUAUCGGUCCAUGGAAAACUAGGUGUCACAAUUCUGGAUCGACCCAGAGACGUGGAGUCAAAGCCCUAUACAGAUUUGAGCUCGUUCUACGACCAUUACCUCAAGGAACAUCGUGAUCCUACCUGCCGUGUCCUGCAUGUCAUUGGAACAUCCCUGGUAAUCUUGACGGCCCUUCUCCGCCACACUCAAGUUGUAGCACAUCUUUCCAUUGGCGUUGCUGGUGGUCUAUUUCUCUGUGAGUACCUGUCGCCCUUGCCCAACGGACUGAUUGAAUUUGCAGCUGUUUUUAUCAUUGCGGCACUUUCAGGAUCCCUGCUGCAACCACAGGAAAAGUUCCCAUGGCAACUGCUAGUCAUGGGAUAUCUACCAGCCUGGAUUGGGCAUUUCUUUUUUGAAGACAAUCGGCCAGCAACAUUCAUAUAUCCCACCUAUUCAUUGUUAUGUGACUUCAGAAUGUGGUACCAAAUGAUAAAGGGCGAUUUGUCAUGGAGUGAACGUAUCUAA